UGAUAACUAAAAAUUUAUGUACAUAAAUUAUUUUUAUAUGUAUGGGAGAUAAUAUAUAUAUAUAUGUGAAUAUCUUUAGUUAAUUUAAUAUAUCUUAUUAGCUUUUUAUUUAAUAUUAUUUAUAUUAUUUUUAAAUAACAUUAUUCAAUUUAUACAUCAAAAUUGUUACCAGUUAAUUAUAUUACUAAAAUAGUAACUCAUUUUUUAUAUCAAACGAGAAUUCACAACUUUUACCCCAUAGUUUACUGCAAGUUACAUCAAAUCAUAUUUUUUAAUUGUAAAUCAACUCAAAUACUACAUGUGUCACCAAUCGGAGACAUAAUUUUUAAGCCUGAAAAAGGAAAUUCUAUAUAACAAAAAAAAAGGAAAUAAAUCAGUAAAAAGGAAAAUGUUAGACUUUGGUAUCAGUAAAAAUGGAAAUUGAUGUGAUCCCACUCUUAAUCCAUCUACUAUAAAUACAAACUCAACCCUAAUUAAACGAACAUCAUCCAUUCAUCUUAUUUCUUUUACGUAACACGUAGAAAAAAUAGGUCAAAUUCCUGUUCUAUAGUUUUCUUUGAGUAAACUAGUCAUGAGAGCCAGUUUCUACCACGAAGUCUUUGGUGAUUCUCAACCGGAAGAUGCUGGCACGAUCACAGUCACUGCCACAAUCCUUGGCGACGAUGAUGACUUUGACACGUCAUUCACGACAAGCUCGCUUCCCAUACAAGACUUCUUCGGUUUAGAUGGUCAGAACGAAAACUACGUGUGUCAAAUCAUACGAGAAUUGAUGUGUUUCCUUCUGGAAGCAGAUAUCGACGCGGACACUAUUAGAGAUACGAUGAUGAAACUACUUGGCUACGUUCUUAUUGUAACUUGUUUCAGUAGUAGUGGGUACUCUCCUGGAUGUGAUUUAUCGGUUGAGUUGGAUCUCUCUCCUUAUUAUCUCCAUGAUGAUGAUGACUCCCAGUCACAGAUUGAAGAAGCCGCUCAAGUCUUGUUCGAUGAGAUCACUAAUAACACCCGGUUUAGACCCGCUAGCAAGCUCGCGGUCAAAUCCCUAAUCAGGAAAAUUUACAAGAAGAAGAAUAGCGCCUUGGAAGAGUGCACGAUUUGUUUGGAAGAGUUUAAGAAUGGAGGAACAGUUGUGCCUUUGCCUUGUGGACACGAGUUUGACGAGGAGUGUAUCGUCAAGUGGCUUGAGACAAGUCAUGUUUGUCCAUUGUGUCGUUUGGAGUUUCCAUGUGAAGAUCAAAUGAACUAAUUAAGUGCUCGAUGGAUUAAACAAUUAGUACGAGAGGGUAGAUUUGGCUUAUGAGAGUUACUUGUUGUGAUGAAGCUCUGUUUAGUAAUUAAAAAAAAAACAAUUCGAUCCAUUUGUUUUGCUACUUUAGAGUAUGUUCUUUUGUACAAUAAUUGUUUUAUUAUAUUGAUUGUUCUUACAAACUAUCCAGCAACCCUAUAUACAGAAAAUGCCUAAAAUUAUCGAGAGUAUUGACAGUGGAUGUAAUUUAAUAAAAUAACAUCAAAAAGAGUAAAAAAAGAAUGGAGAUGAAUUUUAUUUUGAAAAAAAAAAAUCUCACAAUACAAAG